AAUCAUUCAUCAGAUUCAGAUCAGAGACAUUUAAAAAUUGAGAAAGUCAAAAAAAAGGAAAGGUGAGAUCUGAAGGAAGAAGAUUGAGGGAGGAAGCAGAUAACAUGUCUGCGGUUGUUUGCGGCAGCAAGAGAUCUCUUUUCGACGAUUCUUCCUCUCCUCCCGUCUCCAAGAAGCUCCGUUCCUCUCGUUUCUCCUCCUCGCUUCUCCUCGAUCACCUCGCCGCCAUUUUCCCCGACAUGGAUAAUCAGAUUCUUGAGCGAGCAAUAGAGGAAUGUGGAGAUGAUAUUGAUUCUGCUAUUAGGUCUUUGAACCAGCUUCGUUUAGAAUCCGCCAAUCAGAAUCCAGAAUCAUCUCUAGUCCAGGAACAAGCAAAAGUUGAAGGAGGAGGAGGAUCAGAGAAGGAGCAAGUCUUGAACUUGGACGGCACUGAGUGGGUUGAAUUAUUCGUCAGGGAGAUGAUGAGUGCUUCAGACAUGAAUGACGCCAAAGACCGUGCUUCAAGAGCACUAGAAGCUUUGGAGAAGUCCAUCAAGGCUCGUGCUGGUGCUGACGCAGCGAUGCAAAGCAGUCUCCAACAGGAGAACUUGAUGCUGAGGCAGCAGUUAGAAGCUAUGGUCCAGGAGAAUAGUUUACUGAAAAGAGCUGUGGUGACGCAGCAGAAGCGGCAGAGAGAGACGGAAGAUCAGAGUCAGGAGUUGCAGGGUUUGAGGCAGAUGGUUAGUCAGUACCAGGAACAGCUGAGAACUCUGGAGGUUAACAACUAUGCUCUCACGCUUAAUCUGAAACAAGCUCAGCAGAAUAAUAGUUCGAUCCCUGGCCGGUUCCAUCCAGACGUGUUCUAAUAUUCAUUUCUCAGAGGAGUGCUCAGAGACGUAUUUCUAAUUUGGUUUCCAGCGUUUGUUUUAUGUUUCUUCUUCGCUGACUAUAUUUAUAAAUUAUACAUGAAUUCUGGAAUGAUUGAUGAAUGGCUAUACUUGGGGAACAACAGUGUCUCCGAAGCAGUUACUUUGUA